CCUUGACUUCUUCACCUUUGUCUGUUGUAUGCUCUUUUCGAGCUUCCCCACGAUGCUCUCGGCUAGAAGAUCGACUGCCGUCGUCGCUCUAACCUACUUCGUGUCUACUCUUCUUACAUUUACCACGGCGGCCCUUACUCCACGCUCAAACUCGAUUGUAGUAAGAGAGGAGAGUGCUGCCUCUGCAUUUGUCUAUGGGGUUGAUGGCGGAAACAUCACUUUCGCCAUAACAGCAGUUAAGUCAAAUGGCGACAUCUGGUUUCAUAUGGCUGCACCCUCCAAGUACUCAUACAUUGCUUUUGGUACUGGCAAACAGAUGGACGGUUCUACAAUGUGGUUUGGCUAUGCCAGCUCGGAUGGUAAAGGGGCUACGCUUUCCCCUCGCACCUCGGGUGACCACGUCGAACCGGAGUAUAGCUCCAAAAUCAAAUGCAGCCUCGUUACUGACGGGUUUGAGAACGGUGUCGUAAACAAGACUCUUCUCGUGAACGGCCACUGCACGAACUUCACCGCCGCACAAUCCGGCAAGAACGGCGACUCAAAACUCAACUUCGACUCCACCCAGCAGUCCUUCAUUUUUGGUCUUGGUCCUACGAGCCAUACGCUCCACUCGAACGACUUGGAUGCUGGCAUCCGGCGGCAUACCGAGUACGGCACCUUCCAAAUGGACUUGACCAAGGCCACCGUGCACGACGGCGAUGGAGUGACGCCUCCCAAAGGUGCCGCAGCGUGGACGAACUCAAAUUCGGGAAAGGCUGAAGAUGUGACGACUGGGGAUAUGGAUUACAUCAUCCCCGUCCACGCUGUGGCUAUGUGCGGCGCGUUCGUGCUCCUGUACCCGGGCGGCGUACUCCUCCUACGUGUCUUGGAGAAAGUCAUGUGGCACGCCUGGAUGCAAGGCCUAGCAACUAUCAUAGCCAUUCUCGGAGUGGGACUAGGCAUCAAACUCAGCUUGACAUAUAACCACUCCAAAUCCUUCAACGCCGCCCACCAACUCAUCGGCCUGGUUGUCGUCCUCGCCUGUGUCGUCCAAUUCGCUCUCGGCUACCUCCACCACCGCGCCUACAAGCGCACGCAGCGCCCUACGCCUCUCGGCCGCAUCCAUCGCUUUGCCGGCCCCGUGAUCCUGCUCAUCGGUAUCACUAACGGCUUCACAGGCUUCAACUUCUCCGAUAAUGCAAAGGACAAUAUUUGGUACGGUGCCGUGGUCGCGAUAGUGCUUGUCGUCACUGUGGGGUUGCUUAUCUGGGCUCGAAUUCGAAAUGGGCGGCGGGCUAAGAAGGCGACGAGUCAGGAGUUUGGGCUGCCGGCGUAUGAGGGGAUGAGGGGGGAAGGAGGGAACGAUAGUGGUGGGUAUGAUGCGAGUAGGUAUGGGAGCAAUGUUCAUUUGGGAACUAUGUAGCCGAAUUAUGAUGAUAGUAGAGCAUAUCGCCGAGGCCGAUAGUAUAACACGGUUAUUAAAGAGAGAAGUAUGGAGACGAAUCAGCGCCAUUUUUCCUGCGCAUGUGUCCUCAUAAUUUAUAGCGUUGAGGGCCACAAGGCCUUCUGGAUGUAUGAGACUUGUAGACAUUGUCGGUUAAUUGGCUCCUUGUGUUCUUCGUUUAAUUCAUGA